AUGCCUGAAGGCUGCAACUGGGAGGGCGAAACUGAAGGGGUGUGCUCGGGAGGCAGUAUGACCUAUGGUGACGGAAAGUUUGAACUGGUGGCUGAUUCCUACAUCGAUCGAACGGGAUCAUCGCCCUGUCAGGCGUCAAGUGUGAGAUCUUUGUGCUGCAGAACUGAUUCGGCUCUCGAGAAGUGCUCAUGGUCUUACUGUGGGAAUUCUUGCAACUCCAUAGAUUAUACCUUUGAGGCAACUUCGCCUUAUGCAGGAAGCAAUCUUGAACAGGAUGACUACAAAUAUGGGUCUGGCGAUGCGAGCUUCUGCUGCCCGUCUGAAGAUACCUACGAGGGUUGCGCAUGGUAUGGCUGUUCGGAUAACUGUCCGAGUAGUAAAAAUGGGACAUCGACAACAUAUACUUCAGGGAAAAACAAGCUAUGCUGUGAUCCUCCAAGUAGCUCGAAUAGCUGGCCUAUGGAUCCUGAGGACCUUUUUGAAUAUCCGGACGAGGAGAAUGUGAGCUAUGACUACACUAUGCAAAAGUCUUCAAAUGAUGAAGAUAUAAGCGAUACCAGCGAAGACCCCUUUACGCUCGUGAUGAUUGACGGCGAUACCAGUGCCUACGAUGAAUCGUUGGUAGACCAAUGGACCUUCUUAACCGACGAUCAGGAGCUUCGCAAAAGAGACCUCAAAUUCCAUAAACGAAAUAACAUCUUUAAGCAUCGCAAUGAUACAUUUGAAAAUGUGGUAGAGGUCUUUCAUAUUCAAUGCACAAACUUGUUUAUGAAUGGUUCAGCCUGCACGUCAAUUUUUGAAGGUAGUGCCUCCAACAAGAUUGUGAAAAUGCCUAAUAGUAUUAGCACCGGUCCAUAUGCACGCCUUAUCAGCUUGAUUCCACUAGAUACCAGGCAGACGAAUAUUUUUCAACGCUCGACCAGCGAUGUUUACGAGCUGACUAUUGACUACGAUUUUGCCGCCGCCGCAGUGGAGCAAAAAGGCGAUUGUAGGGAGGAUAUUACAGAUACUCCGGCAUCCCGGAAGCGUUGGUUUGGUGGAUUCGACAGCUGGCUCAAGAAAAUGACAACCAUUUAUGACGAAACGAUGAAACUCUACCAUGCUUAUGCGUACUGCCUAGCCAUAAAAACUGAGGCUACCUUUGAUAUUGACGCAUUUAUCAACUUAGCACUAUAUAAUCAGUAUGGUUACUGCUUUGAAGGCUCUAUCCUGCCCACGCCAGAGGUCAUUUCCGCUUACGGCUACUUUUCCAUCGAGCCAGUAGCCGAAAUUCUUCUUACAAUUCGGGCGAAUGCCAUUAUGCAAUCUUCCUCUGGCUCAGUAGAGCUGUUUUCACUUGGAUUCCUAGGCAUGUCAAUUAAGGGUCUGAUCAGCAUCGGACCCGAAAUGGCUCUAUAUGGUCAGCUGGACGCCUCUCUAAGUAUCUCCGGAGAGCUCAAUACAGGUGUUUCUGUCAGUUUUAACCGCAUAGAAGUCUAUUUCCCACAGGAUGCUGCCGGGAAGGCAGAUAGUAAGGAUCCGGCCGAUCUUAAUGAUAAUGAUAUGUCUCUCACUCCGGAAGUCCGCUUUGGUAUUUCCGUUUUGGGUGGCGACUUAAUGUCUGGAUAUGUGACUGCUGGACUCAACAACACCAUUAGAAUGGGAAUCAGUGCUCAGGCUUCUUAUUCCAAUGGGACCACUUCAGCUGGGGGUGAAUAUGAAGUGGCCUCACCCACAGAUCCCCUCGAAUUGGUAUCCAAGACUUAUAUCGAUUAUUCCAGUGAUGUCAAUAUCACCAAACGUAGCGAUUCUAAAAGUUUGGUUGCCAAUACUACGGGAUCUGCCUGCUUUAGCGGGCUGAUAUCUUGCCAAAUGGUCGACGACUCGGCUACUACUGCAGGCAAUCUGUCAUGUCCCAUUAUCUGUGAAGGAGAUUCUUGCACGAUUUUGGAUGACGGAGAUACGUCUUCUUCCACCCGGAAACGCCAGCUUGGUGUCGCGCAGUAUGCUCGCUUCCCUGCAAUGUUCUAUAACUAUGCCUGGUUCGGAGAUGCUUUAAUCGAAAAUAUGGAUCAGAACACAAAUAGUAUCAGCCCAUGGUACACCGCGACAGGAAUUUAUACUAAUAUCCAAAAUUAUCUCUUUAGUCACGCCAACCAGUGGAAUCAGCAAACUAUGGGAUCUAACUUCAUGCUGCUAACCUAUGCCCCCGAUCCCACCGACACCAACCAAGACUAUGCUUGCGGGACGAAGUCAACUAACACCGUCACCACUAAAUCUUGUGGGGAGGUAAAACGAUCUCUAUGGUCCGUUCAGGCCCAAAGUGAGUACAACAAGAAACCAAAAGGGGACUACGUGUCAGAGCCAGGUUACAGCUAUAGUAUUUCUUGCGACGAGUUUCCUUGGCCGCUGAGGGUGGGCAAGGAGCUGUAA